AUGAUCAGACAGAAGCUUCAAGCCAUCCUCGGCCUCGCCACCGUGGCGGCAGGUCUACCGACUGCUACAGAUUCCAAGAGCAAUUCGUCCGCGAUUGAAUGGAUCCCGUGCCCUUCUGACGUCCCGAAGCCUGUUGAAUGCGGCCAGAUCGCUGUGCCGAUGGACUACAGGUUGCGGAGCGGGCCUACCAUCAACCUGGCUGUGUACCGUCUCAAGGCGAACGGCACCGACCGUCUGGGCAGUCUGUUUCUCAACCCCGGAGGACCCGGCGGCUCCGGCACGAGGCCAAUUGCGCUGCAGGCGCAGCGUGAACAGAAAGGGAUCAGGGACGCGGUGGUGAGCUACGAGGUGCGCCAGCGGUACGACCUCAUCGGGCCUGACCCGCGUGGCAUCGGUCUCAGCACGCCCAUCCAGUGCGAUCCAGCCACGCAGCAGAACCGCACGAAUUACUAUGUCAGCGACGAGGCCGGCUUCCAGGAGCUCGUGAGGCGCAACAAGGAGUUCGGCGAGAGUUGCGCCAACCUGAGCGGGCCGGCCCUCGGCUUCGUCGACACCAUCUCGGUCGUGCAAGACCUGGACCUGAUCAGGAGAGCGCUGGGCGAGAAGAAGUUUGACUACCUCGGCUUCUCCUACGGUACCCAGAUCGGCGCCCAGUACGCCGAGCGCUUCCCCGAGCACACGGGCCGCAUGGUGCUGGACGGCGCCCUUGACCACUCGGGCGACAGCCACACCAUGUUCCUGACCGAGGCCGUGACCUACGAGAGCACCCUUAACCAGUUCUUCGACUGGUGCAACACAACGUCUGAGUGCGCCUUCCACGGCCGAGACCUGCCGACCAUCUUCGACGACCUCGUCGACCGGGCCGAGCGCGAGCCCCUGCCGGCGCCCGAGUGCAAGGCCGACCCGACGAAGGGCUGUCGCGCGGACGUCACGAGCUACGACAUCCUGCGCAACGUGCAGCCGCUGCUCACGCGUGUCAACGCCACGGCCUCGAGCGCGCAGAGCUGGGCGAUGCUGUCCCAGAUCCUCAAGCUAGCCGUCGACGACAACAACGGCACGGCCCUCGCCGCCUCGGUGCCGACGGCCAAGACCGACUUCUUCUUCUCGGAGCGCGCCGUCGAGUGCCAGGACUGGCCGCGCGCCGACUCGGCGGGCUUCCUGGCGCGGCGCAUCAUCGCGGCCCGGGCUCUCGCGCCGCACACGCGCGGUGUGUCGCAGUCGUUUGAGAUCGAGGCUGGCUGCGCGGGCUGGCCGGCCAAGAUGACGAACCCGCCCGCGCGGCUUGAUGUCAAGAAGACCAAGAAGGCAUCGCCGAUGCUCGUGGUGAACGCCUUCCACGACCCCGAGACUAGCAUCGCGUGGGCGCUCGGCCUACGGGAGCAGCUGCCGACAUCGGUGAGCCUGUUCCGCGACGGGUCGGGCCACACGAGCUACGGGCUGUUUGGCGAGACGAGCAAGGCCAUCGACAAGUUCUUGCUGGAGGGGAAGACGCCCAAGGACGGCGUCGUGUAUGAUUCUUGA